AUGUCUUCUUUUACAGGUUUCCAUCUUUUCGAAUGUCGUGGAUGCGAGCAGAAGUUUGCUACACCAUUCAUGGCUAGCUUUCACAUUAAGGAGGGGCGCUGUAAAAGAGAAGAAGGCGAACUUUCUGAAGAUGGAGGACCGCCUUUGAAAGCUGUGGAUCUUGACACCGUGGAGUUUGCAUCGUUUUGUCACCUUCAAAAUGCCAUUACAAAAUGCAUCGAACUAAUGUUAUAUGAGUUAAAUCUUGGUGAAGUAGAUUUGAUGGACGCUUUACGAACUAAUCCUUUGAUCCCCAAAUAUCCAGCUCCACCAGACCCUGUGAUUUCAGUUGAGAGUGAGAUGCAAACUUCACCGCCAGUGGAUCCUUCUUUCCCAAAAUUUGAAACUUCUGUUGGUGUUGCUCAACCUGAGGCAGAGGCAGUACCGAUUCCUCCCCCAGAGCCACAUGCUGCCGAAGAGUCGUCAUCAGAUAUGUCACUAGCUUCUACGACAGAUUCUGCUGCUAGAAUAAGUGAUCUGGCUGAUGGUUGCUCAUUUAUUUCAGACGACGAAGACGAAGAGCCAACAAAACAGCCACAAGUGAACAGUAUUGAGGUCAACGAUGGUCUUUCUACGAUCAGCAAUAGUCCAAGCAAUAGCCCUCCGCUACAAAGCCCUCCUCUUAGCAACUCUGAGCUUCAGAAUCGGCCAGCUUCAAAUGAUUCACCUGAAGGCCCUCUUCCACCCCCUCCUCCACCGCCGAUACUCCCGCCUAGCACAAGCACUAGCUCAAUACCGUCAUUAAUGAGUCUGAGCAAUCUUGAUUACGACAUGCCACCACGUCGCGACAUCCGUCAACAAAUCAUCAUCACUCCAGAGCGACCCCCAGCACCAGCACCGCCGCCGACAGACUACGCCGAGGCAGAUUCAUCGUCUACAAUUCCAGCGCAGCAGCCAUUCUUUUUCCAAGCUCCGCCUUUGAAGUCGAAACGGACAAUCUCUAACCCAAACCUCAACUCACUAAAUGAUCCCGUGUAUCCAGUGCUAAAUCCUGUUUACUCAGCAGGUGUGCAAGUCUUUCCUGGAUUACAUCAAGGAGUAUCGGGUUAUCCUAGUGAAAAACCAUCUACGGGAGAGAUGCCGCCAACCCUUCAGUCUUGUUUCUACGGAGCUGGGCCAUCAGCACUGGGAGAAGUCUCAUCGUCUACCAAUUUUAUACCAUACCAAGGCGACAGCAGAUUAUCCGAUAUGCCAGGUUUUUCACAAUACGACAAUAGCCUACCUCCUCCAUUAAGGGUGGAAUCGCCAGUCCAUGGCCAUUUGCCCCAAGAUUUUGCAGCAGCAGAGAGCAGCUCGAUUAUGGAACCUCCGGAGAACUUGUUACCAGCUCGUCCGCUCGGUGAAAGUGAUUUUCUCCUCGAUGGGCGACCUCUGGAUAACGACGACAUUGGCCCCUCUGUACCUAAUAGAUUAAUCCGCCCACAUCAAAUCAAUAGCGAAGAGUGGGUCGAAUGUGAACAACGAAUUGACAUGAAGUAUUCUGGAAAAAUUUUGCCUCGUCCGAUUGGAAAGAGCUCUAGAAAUAAUUGUAGCGGCAGUCAAGUGCAUAGCUAUGGAAUCAAGGUUGUGAAAUCCUUUGACCCGCAUUUGGGUACGACGAUCCCUCCCAAGAGGCAAAAGCGCAGACGUGGACGAUCAUUGUCGCGAGAUAGGCGAACGCAAGGUCGAUCUAAGACUACAGGGCCGCGAUCGCGAGUGUCGCGAUCGAGAAGUCCGCGAACGUAUCAUCGACGGCAACGUUCACCGUCAGAUUCUCCUACAAGGAGGUCUGACUCAGUGGAUAAACGACGUCGUUCUGGAUCUAAAAGAACUUUUAACAUUUUUCGUGAGUUGAGUACUAGCGAAGAUGUGGCGCGCAGAGAUUCAGAGCGAUCGAGAAGUAGGUCGAGAAGUCGGGAGAGUUCAAGUUUAAGCAGUGCCGGAGAACUUACCGACUUAGAAGUACUUGAUGAAGAGUAG